CUCAUAGACGCCCAUAGAUUCCAUUUCUAACCUUCGAAGUUUCUAACCAAUUGUAACCAUAUAUAUUUGACUACAUUCAUCAAUAAAAAACAAUCUAACAAUGUCUGGAGUGUCGGAAGGUUACACGGUAAUGAAAAUUACACAAAAAGAAGUGUUAUUUCCUGAUAAUCAAACCUCAUCAACCGGUGCCAGUGAUUUACAUUCACGGUUAAUUGUGGAAAGUGAAGAAACAAAUACAACUAAGUUGAACAAUUUAGACAUAAUUUUAAGUAUAUUUUGGAAAAAUAAUAAGCUAGGAGCAUCAUAUUACAAAAUUGCUGAGCGUCAGCUUUACUUUAUGCAAGAAAUGAUUGAUCUCCAACCAGAGUAUAGAGUUAUGAAGGCUUUAAUCCAGGAAACAAGUCCACUUCAUGUAAUAACAAUUGGUUCAAUGACAGAUGUAUUUAUUAAAAGUCUAAUUGAUAUAGUAACAAAUAGUGAUAACACAUUGAAGUCAGAACAAACAAGAAAUUUGCCCCCUAAUGUAACUCUUCUUUCAUUUAAAACUUAUGCAUUUGAAGUAUGUAUUGCUAAAAUUUUUGAAACCCAUUUGGCUUCUCAGCCUAUAGAUGCAACCCAAAAAGAAAAAGAAAUAUUACUUCAUUCAUUAAUUGAUUUGGACAAUAAAUUGUCUGUACAUGCAUUAGGUGCUUUAAUCAAAUUUAUAGAAAAAAAUUGGACUUCAUUUCGAGAUGACAAUAACACUACUUUACAGUUUAUUCAUAUUAACAGACUUUCCUUAGCUGACAGGGUGUUCAUAGAUCGAAACACCUUUAAUGCAUUACAAAUUUUCAAAGUUAAAACCCAUGAUGCCAGAUUCAAGCAUGGUGGUGAAAGUAGUAAUAAAGAAGGGAUUGGUCUUUUCAAACUUUUUUCACAGCACUGCAAGUCUAAAAUAGGCCAUUUACACAUGAGGUACUUGAUGAUGAAUCCAAGUAAAAAUUUGUCUGAGUUAUGUAAUCGUUUAGAUUUCAUUGAAUUUGCCAUGGAACCAAGGAAUCAGAGUUUUAUAGAAAACAUAACUGAAGAAAUUAAGCAUAUUUCCGAUUUAAAUAAAAUAUUAGUGAAAAUACUGUACUCUCAAGCUAAAACCAAUAGUUGGAACACGUUACAUAAGACGAUUUGUCAUAUGCUUUGCAUAAAUGAACAGUGUCGCCGUUAUCGUCAAUCGCUCCCAAUUUUACAAGAACUAGACUCUUUUGUGACCACAGAGUUGUAUAAUCUUCAAGAGACUAUAAAUAGAACUUUGGAACUUUCGGUACUUGAUAAAAACCAACGUCCCCUCAUAAAGUUCGGUUUAGACAACGAACUUGAUGAAAAAAAGUUAAAGCAAAAGGAUAUUGCUAAAACAAUAACUGCGGCAGCCAAUUUUGCUGUAAAUCAAUUACCAGACUUCAUUAACGAAUGUAGCGUUGUUUUUUUGCCGGAAAUGGGGCACCUAGUUUCUAUUAAAGAAUGGGAACCUGAUUGCGACAAGGACACACUCCAGGGUAUUGGAUAUCAAUUUGUGUUCCAAGUGAGGAAUAAUUUAUUAUACAAAAACAGUCUUUGCAAAGAAUUAGAUAAGCGCUUAGGUAACAUACAGCAAGAAAUAUUAGCUCACGAAACAAGAAUAAUACAAAGACUGUCGGGCUUUGUGUUGCAACAUAGCAAAAAUAUUCGUGAAUCGUUGCAUAUAAUAUCCAGAAUCGAUUGCUUAAUAGCAAUGUCAAUGGUCGCAAAAGAAGGGAAUUACAUUCGUCCUCAGUUAAACAACGAUAACUUUCACGAAAUAGUGAACGGUCGUCAUCCAAUUUUCGAACUUCACCUGGCGAAUUUCGUGGACAAUAAUUACGUUUCCGGGGGUAAUAACAUAAAUCGAAUAAAAAUCCUAACGGGACCCAACUCGAGCGGAAAAAGUGUAUAUUUAAAGCAAGUUGCAAUACUAAUGUAUUUGGCUCAUAUAGGGUCUUGCUUACCGGCCGAUGGGGCCAAUAUAGGAAUUGUAGAUAGUAUAUAUUCGAGGAUAUCUGCUACAGAAACUGCUAGUGUGCCUUUAUCAGCACAUAUGAUAGAUUUGGUACAGAUGUCCCAGAUCCUUCAUAACAGUGGACAAUCGUCUCUCGUUCUUAUAGACGAAUUUGGACGAGGAACUGCCGGAGAAGAUGGAAGGGCUCUAUUAGCUGGUACUCUUAAAACGUUUAUACAUCAGAAGAAUAAUUGUCCACAUGUACUUGUCUCGACCCAUUAUCAGACUCUCAUAGAGUUUUUGCCCGAUUCACCACUAAUAAAUUACCUCAAAAUGGAUUAUAUUUUAGAAGACGAGAAGUUGGUGUUCUUGUAUAAAGUAGUUCAAGGUGUUUCUAUGAGUUUUGCUUUCGAUGUGGCCACUGCUAUGGGAUUAAAAAAAGAUAUUGUGACUAGAGCUCAAGAAUUGUUUAAUUCGUUGAAAAAUAAUGAGCUCAUUAAACCCCAGUUGAAACAAAUACCUCCCAGAUAUAGAAAUGUAUUUGUGAAUGAUAAAACUCAAUUAGAAAGAUUUGCAGAAAGUGUUCUUGUUCCUGAAGUUGAUGUAGAAGAUGAAUAGUCACUGUAAGUGUUAAAUUUAAGAAGUAUUGAUUAAUUGUUUAAAUUUCCAAGUAAAAUUAUUGUUCAGCAAAAAUGCUGUUUUUUCCAACUAAAGUAUUAACUAAAUUAAUACA